AUGACGAAUACGAACGGGAGCACACUUCCAUGCCGUUUCCACGAGCUUUGGACUCCAGGCGUCGAGAGAAAGAUCAAUUCCUGGUUCCUCAGCAACGAGUCGAAGGCAAGCACUUGGAGAAGCCCUCCCGAGUUAGCUAGCGAUGACCUCAAACGUGCCAGGACACAACUAGGUAAACAUUUGGUAUAUAUUCGCGCCGUCACGAGAGAGUUCUAUGGCGAUGCAAGUUGGGUGUAUGGUGGCAGAAUGGCAUUAUUGCAGCCAAUGUCAGAUGUUUGGUCAGAUGUUGGCGAGGAAACCGGCGUGAUAAGAAGCGACGAGCAGGUCGCCCAGCUUCUCGCUCAGCAUAUUCAAGGCAAUUCCAAGAAGUCACUCCAAUAUCCAUGGGGCAACAUCAUGGUCAAGGAGGGCCACGUAACCGGCUUGCUUGACUGGGAAGUGGCCGGCAACUAUCCUGUCUGUCAUGAGUUCGUCAAGGUGACACCUUUGCUUGACGGUAUAUGCCUUCUCAGCUUAGUCAUCUGGAGGCCCUCAAAUGGCGUGAAGUAUAAGGCUUACUGGCAGCUGAGGACGAGGGGAGAGAAAACCUUUCAAUUAAAUGCCGAGUACACAUCAGUAUCGGCCAGAUCUAGGAAUAUGAGCCGAGGAAGCAAUGUAAACGUAUCAACACGAGAGCGCUGUUACUGCAGAGUGACAUGA